AUGGCUCCAAAGUGGUUCUCGCAAAGCGAUGACAACGCAUCUCUACACGCAAAUGCCAUGGCUUCUACUCCAACCGACCGAACGCUCAAAAAGACUUCACGACUGUCAGCAACAUUUGGCGUCGACUCUAGGCCGUGGAACUUGAUGAGUUCCUCUUCUGACCGCAGUUCGUCAUCUUCCAGAAAACGGCUGUCACUGUUCGGCGCUCGUAAUUCUACAGCCUCAUCAGCGGACAUUUUCUCGUCGGGUCAUUCUUCGCCUCGAGACUCCGCUUUCGUCCCACCUGGUCGAUCCGAAAUUUCCCUCCGUCCCGAGUCUCGCUUCAGUAUUGAUUCAAAGUCGACAACCAUCGCUGUGCCACCUACAGAUAGCUGGCGCUCGUCUAUUUUUUCCCUCAGGCGUUCGUCAAAGGCUUCGAAGGGCUUGGAAUCCAAGGAUGAAACUUUGAUGCGAUGGCUGCGUAGCGACAGUCGUACAUCGAGCUGGCGACGUGAAUCAACUGAUGGUGACAGGGAGCAUGAGUCAGAAGAAGCCUUCUACCAAACAUUAAGGAAGAAGAACAUUUCGGCUCCUUUCAACUUCCAGCAUGUCACACAUACACAGCAAGAACAGCUGCCGCAGUUGGCAUCCGUAACUGACCGCGAGCUUGUCUCGGAGUUCUGGGCCGCUUCAGCCUUUCAAGCACCCAAGAGUGAACUUCGUGGUAUCAAAGCAGAUCCGGUCGAUAGUAGUUAUCGUCUUCGCGCAAACGAGAGAAGACCUUCUACCGCUUCUUCCGUUCGCUCCGAGUCCUUUGCACUCAGACACCGCGGUUCAAGCUUUACAUCAUCGAUCCAUGAACUCGACAGCACUCCUCGUACCCCUUGUGGUGCCGAGUCUCCCGUGGACGAGAGAGCGCGCUCUUUAUCGCUCAGCUCAAGGACUCACAGUUUCUCCCGACUAGAUCUCCCUUCGCGGGAAAGGUUAGCUGCUUUGGGAGCUGAGCAGAGAGAGCCGCCUACCAUGAUCCACCCGGCUCUACGCGCGCAGUCGACACCUCCCACAGUAGAACGCACAUCCAGUCAACCUCAAAUUUUUGAACUUCCUGGCACCAGUCUCGAGUCAGUGCCUGAGGAAAUGGAAGGUUGCGGACCUAGCCCAGCAAAAGUUCCUCGAGCAAAGGCUAUGCUGGAUUUGUCACCCCUUACAUCUCCAAACUUCUCCAAAAUCCUCGCCAUCUCUCAAUUCAACUGCUCGGCAGAAGAAUGGUCUCGUUUUCACACCUUUUCCCGUGGGACCUCUUCCGAGAGUCGCCUCUCUUUCAGUGUCGAUGGAAAUGUACCUAGCUUGACUUCUGGUGAAUCAUGGGAGAACGAUAUCGAUUUUUGCUACCUGGUGAAGGCUGAAUCGUCUUGUGACUUCGACUGGGAGUCGGUAAGAUCGAAUAGUCGCAAAGGCUCUGCCUCUUCAGCUCGCAGGGACUCAACUACCAGCGUCUCGGUGCAACGCGCCUCGAACAGCGAUCCAUCGCGCCGAGCAAGCAUCAAGUCGCAGCCUGAUGUUGAGGCGCUUUUCGCCGAUUUUGAUGGCAGCUCGAACUUCGUCAAGGAACAAACUCGACAUGACUCACCUCAGAUGUCCGUCUCACGUGCUGACUUGAGCCCCAUUCUGGAAUCACCUUCUAAAGUCCCGACCCUCGAUAGCAGUUCUGAGACAGUCAACCUUGCAAAACCCGCCCACACUCGCUCCAUCUCCUUGGACGACAAUGUGAAGCGUGGCCGUAGCUUGGACAGAAGUGCGCGCUGGUCGAUCGCGUCACCCCUCUGUCUCCCGGAAGAUGCCAAGCAACGCGGCAUUACCUUCACGCAUCCGGUAUAUAAACCACGAGCAGUUCGCAUGUCGGUACCUCCAGGCUUCGCUGCCCCUCCACUACCACCUCCGAAAACAGCCCUUCCACCUUUGCCGGCGCAGCAGCCAGCGAAGCCUGUCUCACCACCCGUUUCACCCACCUCAACAUGGUCCAGCUCUUUUCCGACCAUGCGCAGACCUUCUUCUGCACAGGAUCGCGCCAUCCUCCAGGCUGCCGGACGCUUUGUGAGAAGUGGACGUGCGUCUAGCAGACCCGUGACACCAAGUCGUCUUUCACACGUCCAACACGCCAUGCGUACCUCACCUUCGCCAGCCUCGGAAUCACCCACCAUUUCGCCAAAGACGACAGUUAGCACUGAUUGCAAGUAUGGUGGAGUUUUACCAACUCCACCAAUGUCUCCGCCCGAGCAACACCAGGGCUUCCAAGAAUACCCAGCUUGGAUAUAA